AUGGCAUUCGAUCCCGACAAUGUCAAUCUCAACACGGCAAGCAAGGAAGAUGUCCUCUGCUACUUCGCCAUCUCCGAGAAUGACUACAAUGGCCACCUCGGGGCUCGCAUUUCUUCUAUCUUUGUGAUUCUCUUCGUCUCUUCUGCCUUUACCGUCUUCCCUGUGCUGGCCAAGUGCAUGCCCUCGUGGAAAAUCCCUCAGAACGUGUAUCUCUUCGGGCGUUACUUCGGCACCGGUGUCAUCGUCGCUACGGCUUUUGUCCAUUUGCUCGACCCUGCCUAUAAACGAAUCGGACCCAAGACUUGUGUCGGAGAGUCAGGAUAUUGGGGCGAAUACUCAUGGUGUGCGGGUAUCGUGCUAUUCACCGUCUUUGUCAUCUUUCUAUUAGAUCUUGCUGCGGAGGUCUACGUCGAACAGAAGUACGGCGUGCACAAGAAUGAAGAAGCUACCAACGCAUUCAUCACCCAUGAGCAUAAUCUGGAUGUGCAGCCUGCGCCAGAAAAUUCAACCACUGUUCUGGAUGAAAAGGAAAGACGCGUCGAAACAUGGGCAUCCGAUGGUGACUCCACGACUGCCGAGCGAUCUUUCCGCCAACAGAUCGCAGCCUUCCUCUUACUGGAGUUUGGUAUCAUCUUCCACUCCGUAAUCAUUGGCUUGAACCUUGGUGUGACCGGCUCGGAAUUUGCUACUCUCUAUCCCGCGUUGGUCUUCCACCAGUCCUUCGAAGGACUCGGAAUCGGAGCCCGCAUGUCGGCUAUUCCAUUCGGAAACCACACUUGGCUGCCAUGGAUUCUAUGUGCUGCAUACGGACUGACCACUCCUAUAUCCAUUGCAAUUGGCCUUGGAUUACGAACAACCUAUGUCCCAGGCUCGAAGGCAUCCCUGAUUACCCAGGGUGUGUUGAAUGCCGUCUCGGCUGGAAUCUUGGUUUAUACCGGGUUGGUGGAAUUGCUGGCUCGCGACUUCUUGUUUGAUCCCUGCCGUACUAGACGUCGGUCGAAGUUGUUGUUCAUGGUGUGCUGCUCUGUGCUCGGUGCUGGAAUUAUGGCGCUCAUCGGAAAAUGGGCCUAA